CGGGUGGAGCUUGUGAACGUGGGAACGUUGGUGGGCUGCUGCUGUUGCUGCUGGAGUGAAAAUUGUUUGACAGGGAGGUGAGGCGACCUGUGCACGGGGGACUCGCAGGAGAAGUUAGUUUUUACCGUGGCGUUAGCCAGCUUUUUGAGUCAGCGGGAAGGCGAGACUCGGGGGCGACAAAUGGUUCCUUCGCGUGUAAGCAACAGGGCUCAGAGCGAAAUGUCAGGCACUGUUUCAGCCUUGAGCAGCGGGAAGCGCGACUAGUACACCGCAACGCGGAAAAUAUUCAGAGGGGAGAGAGAAUGCGAAUGGUGCGAAGAUACCGAAAUCAAACAAAAUGGAAACGAUGUAGCGUCGCUGCGGCAUUUCAUAUAGCUAGAACUAACGUUAGAGUAGAGAAUAGAUAGCCAAGGAGCUAGCACGUUUACUAACAUACAUGUAAAGUUAUUCACCAGAGAAACUGAAGCAGAGCCCGGAGGCGUCUGUUGAAUCUGAAGAGUUCAUCAGCAUUGUGAAAUUAAAGGAAAAAAAGAUGCUACGGAGAAGACUGAACCGUUGGUUUGGUGGUGAGGACAGAAGAGUAGGCAGUAGGACUAUCUAUGUUGGUCAUCGGCCGUGUCCUGCCAAUGAAGUUUUCAUCCCACCCAAGUUCUGUGAUAACAGGAUUGUGUCCUCGAAGUAUACAGUAUGGAACUUUCUACCAAAGAACCUGUUUGAACAAUUUAGAAGAAUUGCCAAUUUCUACUUCCUUAUCAUCUUCCUGGUGCAGGUGAUAGUGGAUACCCCCACCAGCCCAGUCACCAGUGGCCUACCAUUAUUUUUUGUGAUUACAGUAACUGCUAUCAAGCAGGGAUAUGAGGACUGGCUGCGGCACAAGGCUGACAAUGAGGUGAAUAAGUACCGAGUGACAGUGCUUGAAGAUGGCCGGAGGAUACAAAAAGAGAGUGAGAAGAUCAAGGUGGGAGAUGUUUUGGAGGUGGAGGAAGACGAGACCUUUCCCUGUGAUUUAAUAUUGCUGCAGUCUAGCCGAGAUGAUGGCACAUGUUUUGUUACCACAGCAAGUCUGGAUGGAGAAUCGAAUCAUAAAACACACUACACAGUGCCAGACACAGAGCGCGAUGUGGAAUCUCUCAACGCCACCAUUGAGUGCGAACAGCCACAGCCUGACCUUUACAAGUUUGUCGGUCGUAUGCACAUCUACAAAAACAAUGAGGAGCCUUCGCUAAGGUCACUGGGCCCAGAAAACCUCCUGCUGAAAGGAGCAACUUUAAAGAACACUCAAAGCAUCUGUGGUGUUGCAGUUUACACCGGCAUGGAGACAAAGAUGGCUCUUAACUACCAAGGAAAAUCUCAGAAACGCUCUGUUGUGGAAAAGUCUAUCAAUGCCUUCCUUUUGGUUUACCUUUGCAUAUUAGUGAGCAAGGCCUUAGUGUGUACUACACUUAAGUAUGUAUGGCAGAGCAAGCCUGGACAGGAUGAGCCCUGGUACAACGAGAAAACUCUGAAAGAAAAGGAAACCAAUCUGUACCUUAACAUGUUCACCGACUUCCUGUCCUUCAUGGUGCUCUUCAACUUCAUCAUUCCAGUGUCCAUGUAUGUGACCGUUGAAAUGCAGAAGUUUUUGGGAUCGUUUUUCAUAUCCUGGGAUAAAGAUUUCUUUGACAGUGAAAUUGAGGAAGGGGCACUGGUCAACACCUCGGACCUCAAUGAAGAGCUGGGACAGGUGGAGUACGUCUUCACAGACAAGACGGGGACCCUAACUCAGAAUAACAUGGAGUUCAUAGAGUGCUGCAUUGAUGGCCACCAAUACAAGUACAGGGAUGCGAGCUCGGAAGUGGACGGAUUCUGCGUUACAGAUGGACCUAUGAACACAGUACAACAGAAAGCUGGCAGGGAAAGGGAAGAGCUGUUUCUGCGUGCCCUGUGCCUGUGCCACACAGUCCAGGUAAAGGAGUCUACAGAGCAGGGUCAAGGUCAAGAUGGACGGAUAGACCAGGUGGAUGGAUUAAUGGUAGAUGGACAAGUGGUCCCUCCACUGCAGGAGCAGAGGGGCUUUAUAGCCUCCUCACCUGAUGAGAUUGCUUUGGUCCAGGGUGCAAUGAGGUACGGCUUCACAUUUCUUGGCCUCGAAAGUAAAACCAUGAAAAUUCUCAACAGGGCAAAUGACGUUGAAAUGUAUGAAUUGCUUCAUGUGUUGAACUUUGACCCAGUCAGAAGGCGAAUGAGUGUAAUUGUCAGAUCAAUAUCAGGUGAAACACUGCUUUUUUGUAAGGGAGCCGACUCCUCCAUCUUCCCCCGAGUCAAACAGGAGGAAGUUGAAAAGAUACGCAUGCAUGUGGAGCGUAAUGCAACAGAUGGUUACCGGACACUGUGUGUGGCCUACAAACAUCUUACUGCUGAGGAGUAUGACCAGGUAGAUUCAGGAUUAAGGGAAGCUAGACUGGCUCUGCAGGACAGAGAGGAGAAGCUCAUGGCUGUUUACAACCAAGUGGAGACUGGAAUGAAUCUAAUUGGAGCUACUGCUGUUGAAGAUCGUCUUCAAGAGGAGGCAGCAGAGACUAUGGAGGCUCUGCAGGGAGCAGGUAUUAAAGUGUGGGUCUUAACAGGAGACAAGAUGGAGACGGCCAAAUCCACCUGCUAUGCUUGCAGAUUGUUCAAGAGGAACACAGAGCUGUUGGAGCUAACAGUGCGUACUCUAGAGUCUCCAGGAAAAAGGCGUGAGGACCGACUGCAUGACCUCUUGCUCGAGUACCACAAGAAAACUGUACAGGAUGCACCACCAGCAAAGACACGUGUUGCCAGGAAUUGGUCCAGCCAGGAUUAUGGUUUUAUAGUAGAUGGAGCCACUCUGUCGAUGGUGCUCAACUCAUCCUCUGAAAACAACUUACAUGACUAUAAGGACCUAUUUCUGCAGAUAUGUCAAAACUGCACGUCUGUGCUCUGCUGCCGCAUGGCUCCCUUACAAAAGGCACAGAUAGUUAAAAUGGUGAAGAACUCCAAAGGCAGCCCAAUCACCCUUUCCAUUGGAGAUGGAGCCAAUGAUGUCAGCAUGAUUUUGGAAGCUCAUGUAGGCAUUGGCAUUAAGGGGAAAGAGGGUCGACAGGCGGUGAGGAACAGUGAUUAUGCCAUCCCCAAACUGAAGCACCUCAAGAAACUUUUGUUGGGACAUGGGCAUCUCUACUAUGUUCGCAUUGCACACCUGGUGCAGUAUUUUUUUUAUAAGAAUCUUUGCUUCAUCUUACCACAGUUUUUGUACCAGUUCUUCUGCGGCUGUUCCCAGCAACCCCUGUAUGAUGCGGCCUAUCUGACGAUGUACAACAUCUGCUUCACCUCUAUGCCCAUCCUGGCUUACAGUCUUUUCGAACAGCAUAUUUCCAUUGAGAUGCUCCUGGAAAAUGCUACCCUCUACAGACAGAUCGGUAAGAAUGCCAUGUUACGGUGGGGACCAUUUCUCUACUGGACAUUACUGGGAGUCUUCCACGGCUUGGUCUUCUUCUUUGGUGUUUGGUUUUUGUUCAGCAACCCAGCCCUGCAGGAUAAUGGCCAGGCUUUUGGGAACUGGUCAUAUGGAACGAUUGUAUUCACCAUCCUUGUUUUCACUGUAACACUAAAGUUGGCUCUGGAUACACGGCACUGGACAUGGAUAAACCACUUUGUGAUAUGGGGUUCCCUGGCUUUCUAUGUGUUUUUCAGCUUCUUCUGGGGAGGAGUAAUAUGGCCUUUCCUGAGACAGCAACGGUUAUACUUUGUGUUUGCCAACAUGCUGAGCUCGGUGUCAGCCUGGCUGGUCAUCAUCGUGCUCAUCCUGCUCAGCCUAUUGCCAGAAAUCCUCUACGUGGUGCUCCGCAAGCCCCGCGGCCCUUACGCUCGACAGCCAUCAUUGGAAUCCCUCCUACAAACAUCAAGAUUGCAGCAGUAAUGCCACUAUCGUACAAGCAUCUAAAGGAGCGCGACUAAAAGGCAUCGAGGACUCAUAACAGUCACGUCAACCUCAUUCAGGGUCCCGUUCCAAGGAAGACCGUCUGCCAUCUGAAAGGAGGAGAUGGAAAAAAAUCAGAAGAAACACGUUCGGUCCUUUGAGAGGGUUUAAAAGUCUUUUGACUUGUGUGUCUCCUUCUCCGUCCUUCGCUGUCCAACCUCAAAAAGCAGCCACCUCUCAUGCAUGCUUACAGAGCAGUGCUCUACAUUCUUUUAUACAGUAUCUACUUAGACCCCA